AUGGCUAUCACACUCAAAAAGCUUCACAGUGAAAUAUUUAAACCAUGCCACAAUGCCUACAAAAACAUAUACACAGGGCUUAAAGAUGGCAGCAUCACUUUUGAAAAUAUUGAUGUGACAUUCAGAGCCUACAAGGGAAAAUAUGAAGAACUGGCAGCAGAAGUUGCAAUCUUAUGCAGACUGGAUCACAGUGAUGACCGACGUUGGGUCCAGACAAGAGUCCAUCAGAUUGAGCAGUACCAUGAGCUUUAUCUGGCAAUACAGUCAGCUGAGGUGGUCAUGAUGGUCAAAGAGACGCUUUGCCUACAAGGAGACUUUCAAGUCUUGGAGAAGUUGCUUAAUACUAGACACGUGGAUUUUAAAAAGGAGCGUCUUGACAGCAUUGAUGAUGAGUUGGUGCAGGCAAAAAUUGUGCUUGUGGAUAUCACAGAAUCCCGCAGACUGUGCCUUCAGGAGCUCAGCCGCAGAAAGAAUUUUGUCACGUGGGUAAAAGAGGUUCUUAAAGACAUCAAUGAGUUGAAAGUCUUUGUGGAUUUGGCUUCCAUCUCUGCCGGAGAGAAUGAUAUGGAAGUGGAUCUUCUUGGCUACUCCUCAAUGCUCUAUGAUUUGAAGCCAGAUGCUGACUUCAAGCUUUUUAAAGAGACGCUGAAGAAUCUAUGGAAGGCGCUUGACAAUGACCGCAACCUCCCAAAGAAACUGAGUGACUCUGCAAGACACUUAGAAUGGUUGAAGGCAGUCAAGGAUAGUCAUGGGUCAGUGGAAACCUCAUCUCUGUCUCUGGCAUCAGCUAUCAACAUGAACGGCGUCUACGUUAUUAGUGCACAAAAUCAAAAG